AUGUAUGUAGUAACGGAUAAAUGGAUCAAUAAUGCGAGCACUUUGCCAUUCCUACCCAUCGAAUCCAUAUCUGCUUUUUCGAACAUUACAAUACGGUUAAAACAGAGGUCGUUUCAUCAUAUCCGGCUACAUUCCGCAUCAAUCAACACAAAUCAAUAUCUUGCUACUAUGAGUGAUGAUAAUCAUAUAAGUAAUAAUAACAAUGGAUCGAAUGAUAUAACAAAGGAUAGUUAUGAUCCAUCUCUAGUAACGAAUAAGGAAUCUGUUGAUUUUACAAAACCUGACAUUACUUUAAAUGAAAACAGAUUUAAAUUUUAUCCUGAUAAUCCGGAAUCUUCAUUUGCAAAAUAUAGAUUCAUGUCAAAGGAUUCCUCACAAUACUAUGAUCCGUGUGAUGAAUCUGCAAAAAUGAGUUUCAAAUGUCUUGACAUGAAUGAUUACGAUCGUGAUAAAUGCAGGGCAUAUUUUGAUGCUUAUAGAGAAUGUAAAAAACAAUGGUUAAGAGCAAGAAGAAACAAUGAAGAUGGUAAUUGGGGAAUCUAA